AUGCACACCGAACAUCAGACCCGCGAUUACACCCAUGAAAACGAAGCAUGCUGCCCACCCGACACCAAAGAGCAAAAGCGCUGGCCCCUGGAGACCGGCUUACAGUGGGGAUCCGACCCCAGCUUCUGCUAUCAUGGAUUCUCUAAUCCGAUCGGAACUUGGACUGAGGAACGUGUAACUCAGAACUUGAUGCGCAACAUGAUACAUGCCGCCAAUAGUGUCACCGUCGACUUUGGCUACGAAUUCGAUUUCUCCACGCACACACCAAACUUCCUCUCGGAACAGCCGGAUAUCAUUCGCUUGAACAGAUACGACCUUUCUAACAACCUACAAACCGAUAUCCCAACAAAAACACCCUCGUUAAGAUCUGCCUCCCUGUCGACGGCAACGUCGCUCGACGCAAGUAGCCCGCCGGAAAUGAUCAAAGAAGAAAAGCGACCGGCGAGGCAGGAGGAGCCCGCACCACCAAAGAAGAAGCGGAAGUGUGUUCAAAAGCCUGGGCAACAAUUAUGUCACUGUCGAUCGGAAAAGAAGAGGAGGGAAGCUGUCACGCGAGGGUAUCAGGAUCUAUCUGACUUGGUCCCUGGACUGAAGAACCAUAAUUUCACGAGAAAGUAUAUACUCGAUGAGACGGCAAAAUACGUCAGUGCUCUGCUGCAAGGAAAUGAGGACUUGCAGGGGCAGUUGGAUCAGAUGAAACCUCAUAACGAGCCAGAUAUGUGGCCGCUCUUUGAAAAGGAGGAUUUAUGA